CCCUCGCACUUCCGUGUGCCGCGGCGCCGGAGCCCCAGGCUGCUGCAGCCCAGAUACCCCGAGCGACCCCCGGCGCCUGCCCGCCGUGCCGAGGCCCGGGCCACACCUCACUGGCCGCUGGACUCGUCCCAGUCAGCGCCGCGCCGACCCCCGUCCGCGCGCGCCAAGGAGCCGCCCGCCCGCCACCGCCGCCGCGACCCUUGGCGCCUGCCCCUGCGCCGGGAGGUCUGCAGGGAACUGGCCAGGCAAGGGUGCAGGCCUGUUUCUCCUGGUGGUUGGUGCGUUGCAGCAGCAGCAGGAGCCAGGACUAAGGACAAGCGGGAGCUGGGAGCCCCAGGCCCACUGCAGGCCCUGCCAUGGCGCCAUUCCUGCGCAUCGCCUUCAACUCCUACGAGCUGGGCUCCCUGCAGGCUGAGGACGAGGCGAACCAGCCCUUCUGUGCCGUGAAGAUGAAGGAGGCGCUUAGCACAGAGCGUGGGAAAACACUGGUGCAGAAGAAACCGACCAUGUAUCCUGAGUGGAAGUCGACAUUCGAUGCCCACAUCUAUGAGGGUCGCGUCAUCCAGAUCGUGCUAAUGCGGGCAGCCGAGGAGCCAGUGUCUGAGGUGACCGUGGGUGUGUCGGUGCUGGCCGAGCGCUGCAAGAAGAACAACGGCAAGGCUGAGUUCUGGCUGGACCUGCAGCCUCAGGCCAAGGUGUUGAUGUCUGUUCAGUAUUUCCUGGAGGACGUGGAUUGCAAACAGUCUAUGCGCAGUGAGGACGAGGCCAAGUUCCCAACGAUGAACCGCCGCGGAGCCAUCAAACAGGCCAAAAUCCACUACAUCAAGAACCAUGAGUUUAUCGCCACCUUCUUUGGGCAACCCACCUUCUGUUCUGUGUGCAAAGACUUUGUCUGGGGCCUCAACAAGCAAGGCUACAAAUGCAGGCAAUGUAACGCCGCCAUCCACAAGAAAUGCAUCGACAAGAUCAUCGGCAGAUGCACUGGCACUGCGGCCAACAGCCGGGACACCAUAUUCCAGAAAGAACGCUUCAACAUCGACAUGCCGCACCGCUUCAAGGUUCACAACUACAUGAGCCCCACCUUCUGUGACCACUGCGGCAGCCUGCUCUGGGGACUGGUGAAGCAAGGAUUAAAGUGUGAAGACUGCGGCAUGAAUGUGCACCAUAAAUGCCGGGAGAAGGUGGCCAACCUCUGCGGCAUCAACCAGAAGCUCUUGGCCGAGGCCUUGAACCAAGUCACCCAGAGAGCCUCCCGGAGAUCAGACUCGGCCUCCUCAGAGCCUGUUGGGAUAUACCAGGGUUUCGAGAAGAAGACCGGAGUCGCUGGGGAGGACUCGCAAGACAACAGUGGGACCUACGGCAAGAUCUGGGAGGGCAGCAGCAAGUGCAACAUCAACAACUUCAUCUUCCACAAGGUCCUGGGCAAAGGCAGCUUCGGGAAGGUGCUGCUUGGAGAGCUGAAGGGCAGAGGAGAGUACUUUGCCGUCAAGGCCCUCAAGAAGGAUGUAGUCCUGAUCGACGACGACGUGGAAUGCACCAUGGUUGAGAAGCGGGUGCUGACGCUCGCCGCAGAAAAUCCCUUUCUCACCCACCUCAUCUGCACCUUCCAGACCAAGGACCACCUGUUCUUUGUGAUGGAGUUCCUCAACGGGGGGGACCUGAUGUACCACAUCCAGGACAAAGGCCGCUUUGAACUCUACCGUGCCACGUUUUAUGCAGCUGAGAUAAUCUGUGGACUGCAGUUUCUACACAGCAAGGGCAUCAUUUACAGGGACCUCAAACUGGACAAUGUGCUGCUGGACCGGGAUGGCCAUAUCAAGAUUGCCGACUUUGGGAUGUGCAAAGAGAAUAUAUUCGGGGAGAACCGGGCCAGCACCUUCUGCGGCACUCCUGACUAUAUCGCCCCUGAGAUCCUACAGGGCCUGAAGUACACAUUCUCAGUGGACUGGUGGUCUUUCGGGGUCCUUCUGUAUGAGAUGCUCAUUGGCCAGUCCCCCUUCCAUGGUGAUGAUGAGGAUGAACUCUUCGAGUCCAUCCGUGUGGACACACCGCAUUAUCCCCGCUGGAUCACCAAGGAGUCCAAGGACAUCCUGGAGAAGCUCUUUGAAAGAGAACCGACCAAGAGGCUGGGAGUGACCGGAAACAUCAAAAUCCACCCCUUCUUCAAGACCAUAAACUGGACUCUGCUGGAAAAGCGGAGGUUGGAGCCACCCUUCAGGCCCAAAGUGAAGUCCCCCAGAGACUACAGCAACUUCGACCAGGAGUUCCUGAAUGAGAAGGCGCGCCUCUCCUACAGCGACAAGAACCUUAUCGACUCCAUGGACCAGUCUGCGUUUGCCGGCUUCUCCUUUGUGAAUCCCAAAUUCGAGCACCUCCUGGAAGACUGAGGUUCCUGGACAGAGUAGGCUAGCCCCGCCCUCGACCCACAUCUGACCCCUCCCCAUGAUAAGCACCAGAAGGACUGUGGUGACUUCUGCUGCUGGCCCUGCCCCUGCCCCCAGAGCGGCCUUGGCUCCUGUCUGGCCAGGCUCUCAUGGUACUUCCUCUGUGAACUGUGUGUGAAUCUGCUUUUCCUCUGCUCUCGGAGGGAAAUUGUAAAUCCUGUGUUUCAUUACUUGAAUGUAGUUAUCUAUUGAAAAUAUAUAUUAUAUAUAUAGACAUAUAUAUAUAUAAUAGGCUGUAUAUAUUGCUCAGUAGAGAAAAACCAUGGGGGACUGGUGACAUGUUGAUCUUUUUCAAAAAAAUAUAUAUACGACAAAAAAAAAAAAAAAGGAGCACAAGCUGUUUGAACCACCAGGUUCUUUUAUUUGUGUCUAAAUAAACAACAAAUGGUACCAA